GUUUAGGGUGUAGCGGACAGGGCGAGACUGGGGGUCCGAGUGUCAACAGAGCGUUGCUAGGAGACAGAUGUAUUAUUAUUAGAGGUACAGGUGAAAUAUAUAUAUAUAGUUAUAUGGGGCAGGACUGAGAUUUAACACGUGCCUAUAUAAACAGACACUAUAGACAUUGUAUUGAGCUGGGAAUGUAACAGGCACCCUGCUGGCUCUUAUAUACUAGAUACAUCAGCUCUUUAUAUACUAUUCACAGAUACAUCAGCUCUUUAUAUACUAUACACAGCUACAUCAGCUCUCACACAGGUCAUCUAGUGAUACUUGGCCAGAGAAUGCAGUGAGGGCAAGUUGUGGCCACUAUGUAGGGACAACACACACAUAUUAUUGUACAGACUUACCUACAAGACACUCAGGGAGCAGCUGUGGGGGUUAAAGAAGCCAAACCAGGAAGAAAAAGCCAAAAUGUCUCUGGAUGAUCCAUUCUCAGUGGUGAGAGGAGAGGUACAGAAGGCUCUCAACACUAGCAGGGGUUUGUACCAGCGCUGGUGUGAACUCCUCCAAGAAAGCCAUGUGGCUAGUGCCGAAGAGUUUGACUGGACAACCAAUGAAUUGCGGAAUUCCUUGCGCAGCAUUGAAUGGGACCUGGAGGAUUUGGAAGAAACCAUCAGCAUCGUGGAAUCGAACCCGCGAAAAUUCAAAAUCACAGGGGCGGAGCUCAGCGAGAGGAGAGGUUUUGUGGAGGAGACGCGGAAUUCUGUAAAGGAAAUGAGAGAUCACAUCUCCAGCCCGAUAUCUGUGGCUUUCACUGAACGAAAAAACCGAGAGGUGCUACUAAGUGGUGCCCAGCAGCCCAGAACCGACCGAUUUUCCCGCCUGGACGAAGAAAUCAUAUCCGGGAACUCACACUACAUGGAGGAGCAGCAAGCAGCGCAGCAGCUGAUUAUCGAUGGGCAGGACGCAGAGCUGGAUAUGGUGUCUGGGAGUAUACGGGUUCUGAAAGACAUGUCUUCCCGGAUUGGUGAUGAAUUGGACGAGCAGACUGUGAUGCUGGACGACUUCACCCAUGAAAUGGAUAACACCCGGACUCGCGUGGACUCCGUGUUUAAGAGAAUGGCCAAAGUCUCGCACAUAUCCAGUGACCGCCGGCAGUGGUGCGUAAUUAUCACGCUGCUCCUCGCUCUUAUCAUCAUACUCAUCCUCAUUUUUGUGCUAUGAAUGUGCUGCGCUACAGACCCAGAGAGCCCCACAGACUGCCUUGAACCUGUGACUCUGGGAAGACUGUGCCACAUGCUGCUGUUGCACAACUAUAAGGUCAAAUAGUUUUGUUUUUAUGCACAAGGGGGAGAAGGGAGCCUUGCACUGUAUGACUGGCUCUUUUACCUGCCAAGCGUGCAGCGUACAAGGGAAAUAAAAUAUUUUGUAUCUGU